AUGAGGCUUCCCUGCAGGCAGCUAUUCCUCUCCGCUCGGUUAUCUCUCUCCUCCAUUGCUGUCGUUCGAUCGUUCGCCACGAGCUACUGUGGUCGGAUCGUCCGAGAGGACUCAACCGGCCGUGCCAUUGCGGUGGAGAUCGACCCUCCGGACCUCGUACGUGACACUCGUGGCUACGCCCUGCCGCGACGCGACCUGGUGUGUCGUGUCUCCAGGAUUCUUCAGUCGCCCUCCACCGCCAAGUCCGACCCGUUCCUCGCACUAUCCGACUACCUUCAGACUCUAACCCUAACACUUACUCCCUCUGAGGUGAGUGAGGUUCUCAAAGCCCUCCGCAACCCGGAGGUUGCGAUAGAGUUCUUUCACUUCUGCACUUCCCUACCGGGUUACCGUCAUGACUGCUUUACCUACAACCGAAUUUUCUCCAUCAUCUCGAAGUUCGGGGUCGACGUGGGUCUUGUCCGCCGGUUACUGGACGAAAUGGAGAAGGAAGGUGUGCGGGGGAACAUUUCAACGAUUAAUAUCUUGAUUUCGAUAUUUGGGGGCGGGGAUUUGGGAAGGUGCUUUGAGCUAUUGAAGAUGUGGUCUCUAAGGUUUAAUGGGUAUACAUACAAGUGCCUUCUUCAAGCAUAUCUUAGGUCCCAUGACGUGGAGAACGCAUUCAAAGUCUAUGAAGAGAUGAGACGAAAGGGUUAUAAGUUGGAUAUUUUUGGUUACAAUAUGCUACUGGAUGCUCUUGCCAAAGCUGAUAAGGUAGGUUUCUUGUUAAAGAUAUGUUUUCUUGAAUUGCUUUUUAUUGGGUUUUGCGAUCCAGCCAUAGUCUGUUAUUUGAUUUCCAAGAUAUCUCACCAGGAAUCUGUGAACCUCAUCAUUUUCUUAAAAUGGCAUAUCAUGGUCUUGUUUUUUUGAUAGACUCGUAAUUUUUUUGCCAUGGAACUAAUGUCUCAGCUUGAAUACACAGUUAUAAGUACCUGUUAUUGAUGGAUAGGCAUAUCUGUGCUAGGUCUUUGAUGUUUUUUGGAGGAUGGUCUUAGUCUAUUGUUCAUCUAAGCCAAAAACAAAAGGAUGACGAAUGGAAAAAAAAAAAGAAGUUACAUCAUCAGAGCAUAAAUCUCAACCGAUUAGCAGAUCAGUACAUACAUUGACCCCUUUAUAAUUUCCUUGUAAGUCUCGUGCCGAGAACAAUUGGAUUCACCCGCCCCCCCUUAUGGCAGUCCCUCUGUGUUUGAAUCGAGCAACAAAUAUGAAUGGAAUCUAGACAUCUUAUAUCUUGUUCUAACCUCUUAUAGUAUGUUCAUAUUCGGGAUAAUCCAUCAAUUUUAAUAACUGGGAGAAUCACGUACCUCAUCUUUAAAUUGACGCUCAUGUUCAAAAUUUUAUCGAAAAAUAAAAAAAGUUGAGGAAUCUGUUUUAUGUUUCUAUAUUUUCCUGACGUGCUUCUUAGUUCUGUAUUAUCCUUCGUUAUGUAUCGGACUGAGAUUUGGUAAACAGGUUGAGCAGGUCCACAAGGUCUUUGCAGACAUGAAACAUAAACACUGUGAAUCAGAUGUGUACACAUAUACUAUUCUUAUAAGGAUGGCAGGAAAAAGAGGGAAAACAGAUGAGUUUCUUCUAUACUUCCAUGAUAUGAUUUCCAAAGGUUGUACUCCAAACUUGAUUGCAUACAACACCAUGAUUCAGGCAUUGGCGAAGAAUCAUAUGGUUGAUAAGAUCUUCUUUAUUUUCUCUAAGAUGAUUGAGAAUGAUUGCCGUCCCAAUGAAUUUACAUACAGUGUUAUUUUAGAUGGCCUAGCAGGAGAAGGGAAAAUCAGUCGGAUACACGAGAUUGUAGAGAUAUCUAGAAAAUUCAUUAGUAAGUCCAUCCAUGCAUAUCUAGUAAAGACAUUGAGUAAACUUGGACAUGCGAGUGAGGCACAUCGCCUAUUUUGUGAAAUGUGGAACUCACAUGACAGGGCAGAUAGGGAAGCCUGUCUAUCCAUGUUAGAGACGUUAUGCAAUGCGGGGAAGACUCUGGAAGCUAUGGAUUUGCUCACUAAAAUUCAUGAAAAAGGGCUUACUGCUGAUAAUAUUAUGUAUAACUUGGUUCUCUCAGCUCUCAGUAAGAUGAAUCAAAUAUCCAAUGUUAAUGCUCUUUUUGAGAAAAUGAAAAAUGAUGGUCUAUCACCUGAUGUUUUUACGUACAAUAUUCUCAUUUCCAGUACUGGUAAGGCAGGGCAAGUUGAUAGGGCUCUGCAGCUCUUUGAAGAAAUGGAGCUUAAUGAGUGUAAACCAGAUGUCGUUACAUACAAUUCUUUAAUAAAUACCCUUGGCAAAAAUGGUGACCUUGAUGAAGCUCAUAUGCGCUUCAAGGAAAUGAAAGAGAGGGGACUGACCCCCGAUGUGUUCACAUAUAGCAUUCUUAUUAAAUGCUUUGGUAAGUCAAAUAGCAUAGAGAUGGCUUGUAAAUUGUUUGAUGAGAUGGUUUUGGAGGGUUGCGCCCCCAACAUUGUGACGUACAAUAUUUUACUUGAUUGCCUUGAGAAAUGUGGAAAAACAGCGGAAGCAUUCAAUAUAUUUGCGACUAUGAAACAGCACAAUCUGACUCCUGAUGCUGUAACGUAUGCAAUCAUUGAACGGCUCCAAAGUGGAUGCCACCGUGCAGUGCGAGUGCGCAAAGAGAGUCCUAUAAGUGGUUGGGUUGUAAGUCCCCUGAAGUAA